GAUAAUUCUCGAACACCACACACCCUAUAACGAGUGCAAAGGUUGUUUUCAUCAAAUGAAAUCAAGGAUGACUGUGAUUUUAUGUUUGUUUGAAUACUUUCUAUAAAAAAAAUUGUACACCUGUAGGCCCAUAAUAGUCGUCGUUGGCUCUCUGACUAAAAAUAUCACUGCUUUUCUGGAUUAUUCUCUAUCCUGACCUGGGAGCAUUUCUCUGAGGAGAUCGGUGAGUGACAGUGGUGUUAGUUCAAGCGAUCACCAUGGCUUCCAGAGAUCUGACUCUUCCAACAAACAGCUCAACUCUGAUUCAUCAAGGUCCUCCAAAACAAUACCGGCUACACACAGAGAGAAACACACUUGAUGAUCAUGGAAAAGUCAGAAAAUGGACUUAUGGGAAUAAAGACACCAGUAAACAAAACAAAAUUGUGCUGUUGGUGGGAGAGACCGGCGCUGGCAAGACGACUCUCAUCAACACCAUGGUCAACUACUUACUAGAGGUGAAGUUUGAGGAUGAAAUAUGGUAUGAAAUCACAGAAGAAGCAGCCAGAGACCAAUCAGAAUCACAAACAUCUGAAAUAACCAUGUAUGAGGUCUGUCCUGUAAAGAAUCCUAUAUCUCUCACCAUCAUCGAUACUCCAGGAUACGGAGACACUAGAGGUCUGGAAAGAGAUAUGGAAGUUGCUUCAAACUUAUCCACUCUGUUUCAGAGCAAUGAUGGAGUUCGUGAGAUUGAUGCUGUGUGUUUUGUGAUUCAAGCGUCUAAGAAUCGUCUCUCAGACAGACAGCAUUACAUUAUCAGUUCAGUUCUGUCUUUGUUUGGAAAAGACAUUGUGAACAACAUUUUGUUUUUAAUCACUCACUCUGAUGGUCUGCCACCCAAAAAUGUCAUCAGCGCCAUUAAUAAAGCUAAAAUCCCCUGCAGACGAGACCACAGCGGCCAACCUGUUUAUUUCUUAUUCAACAACCGGCAGGCCGACGACCGCCAUGAUGAGAGACGUUACCUUCGUGCUCAAAGAGAUGUAUGGGAAGACAGCAUGGACAGCAUGAAGCAUUUCCUUCAAUCUCUGGAUGAAAAGAACAGAAGAAGUUUAGAGUUGACUUCAAAUGUCCUGAUAGAGCGCAUUCAAUUUGAAGCAUUUAUCUGCAACUUACAGCUGCGAGUCGAAGAGAAAGAGUCAAAGAAGUCUGAAAAAAUUCAGAUCCAGGAGUCAAUAAGACAAAACAAGGAUAAGAUUGAGGAACAGAAAAACUUCACCAUUAAAUUCAAAAAGACUGUCAAAAUGAAGGUUCCCAUUGAAAGUGCUUCAUGGAAGCACAGGAAGGCGACGACCUGCACCGUCUGUGAGGAAAACUGCCAUGAGUUUGACUGCUGGUGGGGUUCGAAUCCCAGCAAAUGUGAAGUCAUGAAAGACGGAUACUGCACCGUGUGUACAGGGAAGUGCCACCACAGCAAACACGUCAAAGAAAACAAGAAAUACAUCAUCAGAAAUUCAAGCAUUGUGCUAGAAUUUGAUGAUUUUAAAAAGGGAUGUGAAAAAGCUCAAGAAAAAACCAAGAGGUUUUCAGUUAUAAUGGAUCAUCUUGACAAAGAUCUGCAGGUGAUUGAGGACCAGAAGUCAAUUCUUCUGUUCAAUGCUUACAAGAACAUCAAGCAUCUGUCUCAGAUCGCAUUAAAGCCAGACUCUGCCUUCACUCUUCAGCAUCUGGAAUUCUUCAUCCCCAGAGUGAGGGAGGCUGGGAAAGAAGACUGGGUCAGAGAGCUGGAAGAAAUGAAGAGAAAUGCUGAAGCAGAGGAAGCCAAUAAAGAUGCUCUGAGUUAUCUGAAAGCUGGCCUGCCAAAACUUUUCUUUGGUGACCAAUCAGAGGCGUAGCAAUAGGGCUGGCAAUUGCCUGGAGCCCUGCAUUUUGAGGGGACCCCUGAGGGCUGAUUAUUUAAACAAUCAGAAAUCUUAAUGUAAAUACAUAGCAAUGUCUCUGCAUCCCCCUCUCUUGUUACACUAGUUAUGCUUUUGCUGCCUCGCCUCGGCCGCCUUUUUCAAACUGGCGCUGUAGAAAAUGCAUGACUUUAACCUGUUAAACAUGAAGAGGAUUUAUCCAUCUGCCAUGGCCACUUGCUCUAACGUUGGAUAAAUGUGCACUAUUACUAGCUACAUUAUUAGGUGCUUAAAAUACUCUGUCAUACAGAUAAGAGUAAUACAUCAUUUAAAACUGUUAAGUGUCUACUUUUAUUUCUGUUAACUCACAAUAACAACAAAGAAAACAGGGUGCGCUUUCUGCUGUCUCUGUCUCCAUGAACUGAAGAAAUUAACAAAACUCAGCAUAUGGGCUACUUGCCUCACAAACAUGAGAAAUAUAUCUAAAGAAAGCUUGAAAUUUCUACUUUUAAACAAAACAAUUUGAUUUGAAAAGAAAUACUCUCUGAUUAUGUAAUCCAUAUGAAAGGCGCAUUCACUAUACUGCGGAGAUGACGAGUCAGCAUCGCCAUCUCCAUCUUUGCAGCCGACGCUGACUCAAAAAAUACUAGUUUAUUGAUAAACUAUUAAAAUGUCUCCUUGUUAUUUUUUCCAACACAUUUAUGAUCAUGGAAGCUUUAUGCAUACGCUUCAGCGCAGAAUAGGCUAUAUUCCUCCACGCAGCCAAAUUAAAUUAAUAUAAAUGUGUAAUUAGUUGCUUAAAUGAAUGACUACUAGUCAACUAGAAAAAUCUUUAGUCGGGGGCAGCCUUACUUAAUUGACAUUGAUUAGUAAUUAGCUGUUUAUAGCUCUUCUACAAUAAAUAUAUUGUAGAAGACAAUAUAUUGUUUAUAGCUGUGUUACAACAUUUCUAUAUGUAGGAGCAUUAUUUGUUUCUGUCAACACCACAUAAAUCACUGUUUUUAAACUGAUAAUCCAUUAUAAAUAAAGAAGGUUGUAGCCUACUGUAUUUUGAAGAUUGUAUUGUAUCUUCUAUUAUAA